CUCUAGUUGUGGGCGUCGUUCUGUGACCGCGAGCCCGGCGCCCUGAGGCCCAGGGCCUUCCUUCCUUCCCUAGCUUCACGAAUCAAAGCCUUAGGCUUUAGUCUCCAGAGCCUGAGGAGGGACGAAGGGAAGAUGGUGGCGGCCAUCCCGCUGGCUCAAGCUUGUCAAGGGGUUCGGAUUGUGAAGGCAGAGGUUUAGAACCAAGCAAACGCAUCGGAAUUGGAAGGUCGGCCUUUCCGGUGACACCGGACAAAGCGGAAACAAGUCCAUCUUGCGGAGGAUUCUUGCGCACUUAUUCUGGGGACAACUCUUGAUAUUCUAACUGCAUGCGACUCUUUAAGCAUGGCAGAGUUGCAAAGGGCUUACCCGACCACUGCAGCGGACUACAAGCUUCAUGAAGAGAUUGGGCAGGGAGUCAGUGCGGUAGUGUACCGGGCGACAUGCUUGCCGUACAUGGAAGUUGUGGCCGUGAAGGUGCUGGACCUGGAGAAAUGUAAUAACAGCUUGGAUGAGAUCAGGAAGGAGGCUCAGACUAUGAGCCUGAUCAACCACCCCAAUGUGGUCAAAGCAUACUGUUCGUUUGUGGUGGAUGUGAAUCUGUGGGUGGUGAUGCCUUUCCUGGCCGGAGGAUCCUGUCUUCACAUCAUGAAGUCUGCUUACCCAGAGGGCUUCGACGAGCCAGUCAUUGCCACGGUCUUGAAGGAGACUCUGAAAGCCCUGGAUUACCUGCAUCGCCAUGGACAUAUCCAUCGUGACGUCAAGGCUGGCAACAUCCUGAUCGACACCAACGGGACAGUGAAGCUUGCAGACUACGGGGUGUCUGCCUUCAUGUUUGACAGCGGGGACCGUCAGCGCAGCCGGCAGACGUUUGUCGGGACGCCCUGCUGGAUGGCACCCGAAGUCAUGGAGCAGGUUCAUGGUUAUGACUUUCGAGCGGACAUCUGGUCUUUUGGGAUCACAGCACUCGAACUAGCACACGGGCAUGCCCCGUUCUCUAAGUAUCCGCCGAUGAAAGUGCUGCUCAUGACGCUCCAGAAUGCCCCCCCUGGUCUGGACUACCCCCAAGACAAGAGGUUUUCCAAGUCUUUCAAGGAGCUGAUUGGUCUCUGCCUGGUGAAAGAGCCCGGCAAGAGGCCCACUGCCGAGAAGCUCCUGAAGCAUUCCUUCUUCAAGCAUGCCAAGACCGCUGACUACAUCCAGCGCCACAUCCUGGAUGCUCUCCCCCCCCUCGGGGAGCGGGUCAAGAACCUCAAGGCCAAAGAUGCCGCUCGCCGCGCGCAAGCCAAGAUGCCCAUGAUCGAGCAGGAGGAGCGCUCCAACAACGAGUACAAGCGGGGCGUCAGCGGGUGGAACUUCGAUCUGGACGACCUCAAGGCGCAGGCCGCUCUCAUGGAGGACGACGAGCCUCCUGCCAGAGACGACCGCAGCCGACGGACCUCUGCCGCAAGCGUUGACGAGUAUGAAAGGGAGUCGCCUCCCGUUUCUGCUGUCCCCACUCCGUCGGCUGAGCGAGAGGGCGCUCGCUUCACGGACGUGCCCCUUCCCAGUGCGCUCUCGGGCAAGUCGGGCCCCUCGGGCCCCUCGCUUAGGGGCAGCGCGAGCGACAAGGAAAUGAAGCCGCUGUCGUCCACCUCCCAAAGGGAGAAGCCCAAGAACUUCUCAGGACCAUUGCCCAUGGGCAGGAAGGAGCCGAAGCACGUGGGCCGCUUUGACGUCUUCGAAGACGACAACGACACCAGUCCCGACUACCGGGCUCGGGACCGCGACCGGCUAGCAGCCACGAUUGGCCCCACGGACCGGCUCGGCGGUUCCAGCAAGGACCGUUCCGGCGACAGGGGCUCAGCGGUUGUCGGGCCGAGUCUCUCGAUGUCGCGGGAUCGUGACAGGAGCGGUAACGACAGCCGUCGAGACACAGAGUAUCGUGCUAGCGAGGGUGAAAGGAGGCAAGGUGGCAAUGGGGGAACUAGUUCCCGUAGCACAUCGAAGGAUGGAGACGGCAAGCCAGCCCCUGUCGUGCAGAAGAAGGGGAGGUUCAGUGUGUCUGAGGAAGUGGAAGAGCCGCACAUGCACAAAUCCGCUAGUGUCCCGGACUGGCCUGCCGAUCGCGAAAAGGAAAAGCCCGCAGUGCGCUUCGCCCAGACAGUAGCAGGCCCACAGAGCCGCCAGGAGUUGAACGUCCUGGGCGUGAGCACCGGCGGGGAGACGGUCCCCGUGUCUGCGGUGCUGCCCCAUCUGCAGAGCCUGAUGCACCACGCAGCAGUCCAGCAGGACGUUGUUCUGGCCCUGAUGAACAGCCUGAGCCCGGCCGACCUGCGCCAGAGUUACACCUCCCGGCGGGACCUCAGCCGGACCGUGAGCGCGGUGUCGGGCGAGUUCUCGCCGCUGGACCUGCCUACCGAGCGCGAGCGCGAGCUGCAGCAGCAGGUCAUCGAGUUGCAGACCAAGGUCGCCUCUCUACUUGAUGACAUCCAGACACUAAAGGGACGAAACGCAGGCCUCGAGCGCCAGCUGAACCAGAUCCACAACGAAGAAGAAGAGCGAAGGAUAAAGGCAGAAGAAGAAGCCGACGCUGACCAUCAAUAG